AGCAACAGUUUACAAACGGCCCCCAUAUUUUGAAUGUCACUGAAGUGUGUUACAUUCGUUACAUGCAGACAGCGCUGGUGUUUGUUUACCAAAGGUGUGCUCCCACUUCCGGGUUGAUGGGGCACCUGAGCAGCACAUGACCCUCCCCGCUACGUGAAGACCGACCGGCUGAGAAUCACCAUACUUUGAAACAACACAAAAGAUAUGAAGCGUCAGAAGUGUGUCCAAACGUUAUUGUCAUAGACGCCGAGGUUAUGUUGAUUGUUCGUCAACGUCGAUACAGUUGAAUUGAACCUCUUGAUUUUAGUUGGGAGGUCCAGCUGAGAUCUUCAGACUUCGCCGGUCUUCAGUGUGGAAUGGAUUCUGAGGGCCAGAAAGGGUGGGAGGUGGGCGUGAAGUUCUCUCCCCUGGACCUCAUCAUGAACCAGAUCCGGAGGAAACGCUCGGCCACAGACAGGAAGACCUCAGCUCGCUUCCUGUCUCGCUCCUCAUCAGGCAGAGUUGUGAUCUCUGACCACAGAGAGACGGAUGGCAAAGAGGGGCGUGAUGGAGCCUCGGAUUCGGACAGAUCAGUGUGUGAAGGCCUGAGGGUUUCUGUGACUCCAGCGGUUCCCGAGGCGAUGGAGAGCGAGGCAGACCAGGGAUGGGGCCGUCUGUGUCUCUUCCUCCAGAGGUUGGGGAAGAAGGCGGACAGCCGCGGCCUGAACCUGGCCCACUGUGACCUCACCGCCACAGACCUGCUGGAGCUUGCCACGUUGCUCCACUGUCUGCCUCAGCUAGAGGAGGUUGACCUCUCCUGGAACAACCUGAUUGGUGGCUCCCUGUCGUCCCUGACCUCUCACCUCCAACAAGUGGGCAGGGUGCGAACCCUCCGGCUCUGCAGCUGCAGGCUGAAUGCAGAUGACAUCGUGUCGCUAGGCGCCGCUCUGCCGUCGGUUCCCCUCCUGGAGGUGCUGGACGUGUCCUGGAACGUGGGUGUCGGAGGCGGAGGGUUGCAGGGCCUGCUGGGUAAAGUCCCCCCCUCUCUGAGAGAGCUCCAUGUGCAGGCCUGCCAGCUCACUACCGCAGACGCCCCUCUACUAGGAGACCUGGUGGGCAGGUUGCCCAAGCUGUGUGUCCUCGACGUGUCCGGUAACCCGCUGCUCGCUGAGGACACCCAGGAGUCAGACACCGGAGGUUUUGGACAACUGGCAGCCUCACUCUCCCACGCCCCCUGCCUCUCCAGGCUGGUACUGCAGGGCUGUGGGCUGACGUCUCACAGCCUCAAAUCUCUUGGUGGUACGCUCCAGCAGCUCCCCGCGCUGCGUUUGUUGGACCUGUCCUGUAACAAAGGCCUGUCUGGUGGACUUUCCCAGCUGACGGCUCACCUGGCUCUCCUCACACACCUGGAGAGCCUGGACCUGCACCUCUGCAACCUCACCCACGCCGACCUGCAGGCCCUGAUCCAGGUGGUCCCUUCCCUGGGCAGGUUAACAGAGCUUGACGUGUCGUCCAAUAAGGAGGUUGGGGGCGUGGUCCAUUCUCUUGUCUCCUCCCUGCUGCUGCCACAGCUCAGACGCCUGCCACUCAACAGUUGUAGCCUGACUGCAGAGUCUUUCACAGCCUUUGCUUUGGCGGUGCCGUACCUCAGCAGCGUGGAGGUGUCCUGGAACAAGGUGGUUGGCGGUCGCCUCGCGCUGCUAUUGGAUGCCCUAGAGCCAUCAGUCAUCAAGGAGCUCCGCCUCUCCAGCUGUCAUCUCACCAGCGAUGACCUGGGUCACCUCGCCGAGGUGUGUGGGCGGGGCUUGCUCUCCUCUCUGCGGGUGCUGGACCUCUCCUACAACGGCCAGGCGGCGGCGGGAGCAGAGGCCUGGGCCCCGCUCUUCACCGCCGGGGGCCUGGGCGGCCUGGGCUCCCUGGAGGUCAUGGACCUCAGCCUGCGCCCCGCGGCCUCCGCGUCCUCCGCCGCCUGGCUGCCGUCCCUGCUCUCCUCCCUGCCCCGCCUCCCGGCCCUGACCCACCUGGCCAUGCUGCGGUGGGGCCUGGGGGAGCAGGCCCAGGGCCAGCUCCGCCACUCCCUCAGGAAGAGGGCCCUCCACGUGGAGUGGGACCCCCCCACCGGGGCCGGGGGCCAGGCCCCCCCACCGGGAGAUCAGGACGGACCAGAGGAGGCGCUCUCUGAAGAGUAGCCCUGGAAAAGGGUUUGAUUAUUGGGUUGAAAGAAAUAAGGGAGGGGCUGGAAUAGAGCAGGAUUUAAUUUGAUUGGCUGAGAGAAUAAGAAGAUUUGAGGGUAGUGAUUUGUUUUUUUUGAAGGACCCCUAUUUGCCAGGUGUGAACGUGAUUGGCCAAGAUGAUGCAAAGCCGGUCUACCAGCAGCAGCAAUGAGGCUACCACUGAAAUAAUUGAGUUGAUGGACAAUUAUUGCAUUAAAUCAACAAUGCUGUUUCUUUGAAUGUUGGAAAGGUUUGGAAGAGUUUAUGGUUUUUUAUUCAAAGUUUUAGAUACAUGAUUUAUACACUUUUCUUGGCUAAUAAAAUGACCUGGCAGUCAAAGGAACUUAAUAUUGAUUUUGCUGUAAUUUGAUGCAGAAUUGUUCAGUAUCUAAAACAGUCAUUUUGUAUUUUUCUUGAUUGAAGCACAUUUCAACACACCGAGCACUUUAAGAAUAUUUCUGAUGCACACAAAAACAACGAAAGAUCAUGUAGAAAAUAGGAUUUUUUAAAUAAACGUCCAUCUUGUUUCACUAA